UGAAGAAAAAGUUAUAACCAGGGGGUGGGGGGAAGCCGCGCAUCAUCCCGGAUUCAAAUUCCCGCGGCCUGUUUCAAAUCGCUCUUUUCCAAUCUCCUCCGCUUUCACCACCAACUCAAAUCCCCAAUUCAAACCCUAGAUCCCGCCAUCAAUCCCCCAAAUCAACCUUCAACCACCACCAAUUCCACAUCAAAUCGAGCUCACUUCCACCAAUUUCACCCAUGACGUCACUUCACGAUUCCGAAAACAGAAACCCUAACCUCUACAGCCGUAAAGAGAAAUCUCUCGGUGUCUUAUGCUCCAAUUUUUUGAGGCUGUAUAAUCGAGAAGGUGUCGAAUCGAUUGGACUCGAUAACGCGGCGAAUCAAUUAGGUGUUGAGAGGCGGCGGAUUUACGACAUUGUGAACAUAUUAGAAAGUGUUGGUGUUAUGACAAGGAGAGCAAAGAAUUCGUAUACUUGGAAGGGUUUUGGUGCGAUUCCUCAUGCGUUAGAAGAGCUUAGGAAACAGACAUCUAACGAGAACCAUAAAGUACCACAAAUGCGCAGCUUUGGAACUGUUGUAAGUGAGAACGAUUCUCGUGGGCCUUCUUAUUCAAACAACUCAUACACAGACAGGUAUACGAAAUCAUCUGGAUCUUCUAAAAGUGAAAAUAACAGGAAGGAAAAAUCACUUGGACUCCUGACACAGAAUUUCAUCAAGUUAUUCAUCUUAUCCAAUGCAGAUUUAAUCUCGUUGGACACUGCUGCAACAGCGUUGUUGGGCGAUGUACAUGAUCCAACAGCCAUGAGAACAAAAGUCAGGCGUUUGUAUGACAUUGCAAAUGUAUUUUCUUCCAUGAAUCUUCUUGAGAAGACGCGUCAUCCUGAAAGUGGGAAACCAUCGUUUAGAUGGUUGGGACUUAAAGGACACCCAAAUACUAAAUCCCGAACUUUAGAUACAAACAACUCAAAAAGAAGAGAUUUUGGAACAGAUAUUACGAACCGUGAUGAUUUAAAAAGAAACCGGAUAGAUUCUCUGUCUGAUUGGAGCUCAAAAGGUGUGACUGUUGCAAUGCAUGGGAAUUUUGAUAACGUGAAGAUCGAGUAUGAUGAGAAUGUAACAACGCAGAUGCAGCCUGCACGCAACUCAAAGGAGUUUGUUUUUGGCCCGUUCACACCUGCUAUUGUACAAAAAGUAGGAGUUUGUGGAAACAAAAAGUCAAAGCGGGCUCAGGACUGGGAGAACUUGGCGGAUACUUAUCGUCCUCAGUAUCGGAAUACAGCUUUAUGUGAACUUUUUGGACACUAUGUGGAGGCGUGGAAAUCAUGGCAUGUUGAAGCGGAUGAGAAGAAGCAGGUACAGCCAGUCCCGUGAAUCUUUAUCUGAUUUUUAAUGGUAGGCUAUUUGUUGUUGAAGAGAGAUGAGGACUAGUGACUGUGUGUGUGCAUAUGGCCUUAAUGCACUGAUUUUGGUACAUUUUUAGGAGGUUCUAGUUGCCAUAAUCAUUGGCAGAUGGCAGUGGUACUAAUGUGGUUAGAUUUUGUAAACCUGCUCAGUAGUUUGAGGUUUUUACAUGUGGUAAGAAGUUGUGACAUCACUAAUUUCUUUA